AUGACCUCGUCACUGUCGUCUCUCAACGCUUCUGAGAGCUCCGCACCCACCUCUCCCGCCCCAUCGUCGAUCCACGGGGGGCCUUCGUCGUCUUCCAAGGUGGAUCGUCUUCGCCCUCAGGACAGGAGGUCGGGCCCGUCGGGCUACCGCUUCAGCACUACAUGCGCGACGGUCGACGAUCCCAACCACAAGGACCAAUAUGGCGCCAGCAGCACGCCCAUCUACAUGUCUGCCACAUUCAAGGGCCUUCCCGGUGCUGAGUUUGACUACUCCCGCUCCGGCAACCCCACCCGGAGCAUGCUCCAACAUCACCUGUGCCAGCUCCAGAACUGCCGCUACAGCUUUGCCGUUUCCAGCGGUAUGGCAUGCCUUGAUGUCAUCACGCGCGUACUCAAGCCUGGAGAACGCAUCAUUGCCGGCGAUGACCUGUACGGGGGCACGAACCGCCUUCUGACCUACCUCGCCACCCACGGCGGCAUUCAGACCGACCACGUCGACACGACCGAUGCCGAAAAGGUCGAGCAGAUGCUCCAGACAAGGGCAACGGAGCAUAGCCUGGGCCAGUGUGGUCCCAUCAAGAUGGUGCUCCUCGAGACACCGACGAACCCGCUCCUCAAGAUCUGCGACCUGGAGCGGUGUGCGAGGGCAGCCAAGCUGUAUGCGCCCGAUGCCAUCGUCGUUGUCGACAACACCAUGAUGUCUCCCUAUCUCAUGCGGCCUCUCGAAUUGGGCGUCGACGUAGUCUACGACAGCGGCACGAAGUACCUCUCGGGCCACCACGACCUCAUGGCGGGUGUCAUUGCGUGCGACCGCGAGGAUGUGGGACAACAGAUUGCAUUCACGGUCAAUUCGAUCGGCAAUGCAUUGACGCCCAUGGAUUCCUUCCUGCUCCUUCGUGGCAUCAAGACCCUUGCUGUGCGUAUGGACCGCCAGCAGAGCACUGCGCUCCUCGUCGCCUCGUACCUCACGUCGCUCGGCUUCAAGGUCAAUUACCCUGGUCUUGCGAGCCACCCGGGCAAGGAAAUUCACGACGCACAAGCAUCGGGACCGGGUGCGGUGCUUAGCUUCGAGACCGGAGACAAGGAGCUCAGUGAGGGGAUUGUCGGCGCGACAAGACUCUGGGGUAUCAGCGUCAGCUUUGGCUGUGUCAACAGCUUGAUCAGCAUGCCCUGCCUUAUGUCCCACGCUUCCAUCGACCCCAAGGUCCGAGCGGCCCGUCGACUGCCCGAGGACCUGAUCCGACUGUGUGUCGGUAUCGAAGACUCGCGUGACCUCAUCGAAGAUCUCGAGUCGGCGCUGCUCAAGGCAGGCGCCAUUCGUCGUCGACGGAGCAGUAUCCCCGAUGGUACCCUCGUUUCACCCAGUGGCAUCAUCACGUCCGAUCAAAGCAUCUCAAAGCUCGUCGACGGCAUGGACAAGAACAAGAUCGAGACUCGUGGCGGUGACGAUGAAGACGGCCGCUUGACGAAGCGACCCCCUCUACCGGCCUCGUCGCUCGUUGUCAGCGCUCCCGGCAAGGUCAUCUUGUUUGGAGAGCACGCUGUCGUGCAUGGUGUCACAGCCAUUGCUGCAAGCGUCGCGCUGCGUUGCUAUGCGCACGUCCAGCCGCGAGACGACGACAAGGUCAGCAUUACCCUGCCUGACCUCGGCAUCGAGCACGCCUGGUCCAUCGACUCUCUUCCUUGGGGCAAGGUCAAGACGAACGACGUCGCGACGCCCGCAGAGUCGCUCGAUGAGGAGCUGCACAAGGCCAUCGAGACGUCCGUCGGUAACAUUGUGGCGGACGACACGGCGCGCAGCCAUGCUGCGAGCGUCGCCUUCUUGUACUUGUACAUGACCCUCGCCGACCGGUCUUCUCCCAACCGUGGCCAAUCGUUUGUCAUUCGAUCGGCACUGCCCAUCGGUGCUGGUCUGGGCUCGUCUGCGGCCCUGUCGACGUGUCUCGCCUCGUCGCUCCUCUACACUCACGGCCACCUGCCUCUUCCCACUGCGGACUCGUCAGUCGCGCCCGCCUCGCAGACGCUCAUCAACGCCUACGCCUUCCUCUCUGAGAAGGUCAUGCACGGCAACCCAUCCGGUGUCGACAACAGCGUUGCCACGCACGGUGGCGCUCUUGCUUUUACUCGUCCCAACGCGGCUCGCAAUGCGCUGGUCAAGUCGGAGAUGGCGAGCCUGAAGUCGUCGUUUGGGAGCGUCAGGUUCCUCCUGACGGACACAAAGGUGCCAAGAGACACCAAGACGCUCGUUGCUGGCGUCGGCGCUCGGCUCAAAGCGGACCCAGCGGGUGUGGGAAAGACACUCGAUGAGAUUCAGCACAUUUCGGACCGUGCAAAGGACAUCUUCCUCUCGCAGCAGCCAGCAGGAAGCGGCGAGAAGGGAAGGGAGGCCAAGCUCGAGGGCUUGUCGAAGCUUAUCGUCGAGAACCACGAGCUUCUGCAGACGCUCGGUGUCUCGCACGAGUCGCUCGAAGUCGUCCGGCGCACGACGGCCGAGCGGGGCCUCGCGACGAAGCUGACGGGUGCGGGCGGCGGCGGAUGCGCCGUCACGCUGCUGCCGGACGAGAUGCCAAAGGCUGACGUCGAGUCGCUCCGUGCUGCCCUUGAGAAGAACGGGUUCAAGUGCUACGAGACAGAGGUCGGCGGUGGCGGCGUCGCGGUGCUUCUGGACCAGUCCCGCAACGAAGAGAGCAAAGAGUGGUUUGGCAAGUUGCCGGGGUCGGAGCUGGCUAGUCGCUUGGACGGUACAGCCUGGUCGACAGCUUAG